GACUAUAUAAAUAUGUACAUUUAAUAGCAUUCACUCAAUUUGAGCUCCGUUAAUUAACUAACGAUCUCAAUUUUAUUGUCAAAAAAAAAAUGACGAUCAAUUUAUUAUUCAUCAUUUGCCAAAUUUUAGUAUCAACACAUGCUGCUCUGGUCAUUGAAGUCCAGCCUAGCAGAAUUCAACCUGGACUGACAAAUAACUUGGUGGUCAACUGCUCCAUCACUGACAACAAAGUCCCACAGAUGCUGAAAAUUCAUUCCCUAGUACUCUCCCGUGUCAUCUCCUCAGACAAUGACACGUUGGAAGAACUGAUCGUUCUCAAUUACAACGAAAACAAUAGUUCAUUAAAAACCAGCAAAGUUCCUGAAGGCUCCGUAGGAUUCAACGAUGCUUCUCACAUAAGUCUGUCCUGGCCCAAUCCCAGCUACCGUGACGCCAACAGAUACAAGUGUGAAGCCCGAGGGUUGAGCCACAACUUUAACAGAAUUUCUGCCGCAGCUUACUUAAGCGUUGAGACUGACGUGCCAGACAUUAAAGGUCUUGUUGAUGAGCUUUUUCAUCUCAGAAAAGAAUCUUACCAAACUGUAAAUGCUCUUAAAGAAGUGCAAGAAAGAUGCAGACCUCAAAAUGAUGCUUCGGACAAAUCAGUGAACAAGCUUAUCGCUCAAAAACAGCUCUCAAUGAAAUCGUUAUUUUAUUCUUCAAAUCAGUAUAAAGGCCGAAGGUAUUACUUGUCAAGAAGACAGGCAUCCGUUGAAAUUAACAUUGCCCAAGCAACUUGUGCUUUGUAUGGGGGAUACCUGGCUGAAAUUGACCACAAUGAUGAAUUUAACUAUAUUGUUAAUUUCAUAAAACCAAUUUCAGCGAGUGACUCGUCUUUUUCUUGUGUCUACAGCGGAAUAAUGGAUCCAGAACUGGAUGGAGUAUGGACCUACAUGAAUAGUAAAAAUACCUCUUCGUAUCUACCCUGGGGAACAGGAGAGCCAAAUAGAAAUAGUUACUUUAAUUGCCUGUGCUUGGAAAAAAGCUAUAAUUGGCGUUACAAUGAUUUACCAUGCUAUUAUUCUGAUAGUUUAAGGUAUUUAUGUGAAGUUCCUGAAGAGUAACUUUUACCAUUGAUUAUAAUAACAAAUUACUUGCAUGAUUUUUUGAAAGCAUUUUUCUCUUAAUUUUUUUAAAUAAUAGUAAUUUAAUAUAUAGAACGCAGUUAACAAACUGUUACGAGCAGAUGAGACUCUUAAUCAAACACCAACAGACUCAUCUAUGAUAGAUUAUGAAGACUUUAAUCUUGAUUUAUAAACAAUAACAUGUCAAUUACAUGACUCCGUUUUGCGGGUCUUUCUCUUUCCAUGUUCCUCUUUCAAUACGCAUGCGCACCAUUCCACAUUCGCACAGUGCUGCGCACGUAACACACACACAUAACGUAGGCUCAAGGCGUUAUGAUUACAUAAUAAGCAUAAACACGACAGCUAAAUGACAAAUUAAUCUAAAAAAAAGUUUCAAACAAAUAGGUCUUAAUGUUUUUCUUGAAAGUAAUGUAGUAUUCUGUCUAAGAUCAAUGGGAUUUGCAAACCUUUGGUCAAAGCAUCGAAACAAAAACAAAAAAAAAAACAUAAAAAAUACCUUUCAAAAAAGCCUAUAUUAUGCUUAGUUGUAUCAGUUAGUUUGGAUCAAUCAUGAAAUUAAAUUUGGAAUAAAUCUUUUAAAAGACUGACAUAUAUCUACGUUUUGUAUUGUUAUGACUUUGCCAUGCGCACCGCCAUCCAAGAUAGUGCAGAAAGAAGGUGCGCACUAUCUGUGACCAAACAAGUCGGAUGUUGACAUUAGUAGACUAACGAUUUCCGCCCAAGUAGAGAGCCAAUAUGGAGAUGCUGUACCCAAGGCAGAUGCCCCUUUGUGUUUGUCAUGUCUCAGUGUAAAUAAACGUCUUUGUCUUCGUUGAGUAGCCUCCCUUCAGUUAUUACAGUAUGUAUGUUUGUAUUAAGUCGUAUUUUUCAAGUUCAGUUAAAGAGAUAUUUGUCCAUUAUUUUUGUCAUUUAAGUUUUCUUGAUUAAAAUAGUUAAAUCACUAACAUUAUUACAAAAGACGAGGAAACCAUAAAUAGUACAAAGUAUGCUUGCAUGAAGUAUUCUAAGUUUUUAAGACUUUUUACCGUGAGAAAAGGGGUGGGGAUGUAAACUGUAUACUUUGUAUAUUGUAGCCCAAUACAGUAAAAAAAAAACCACCAAUGUUUAUUAUACAUUUUUAAGCGAAAUAUAAUAGUAGUUUUUGUCCAUUCGAUUUCAAAUGUCUGCUAACAAUGUUAUUUUAUAUGAACUAUAUGAAUACGGCUUUAGAACGAGACAGCUGGAGGUCACUCACAAAGGCCGCGGAAUACACAUUUGAGACCACAAGAAAAUCCGCUGCUGUGGACAGACGCAGACGGUGAAAAGAAAAUCUUAAUCGACCACCUGAGGACAAGGGUUAUGCUUGCACUGGGUGUGGCAAAAUAUGUAGGUCACAGCUGGGGCUGCAACGGGUAAUACGGCAUUUCUCAUUAAUCUUGGAUCUCGAAGACAAGCCUUAGAAUUAUAUCAAUAUGACUUCUCAUUCACUGCAUGUAACUGUGUCUGUAUUUCACAUCAUUUUCUUGAAUAAACAUUUUGGCUUGUG